GGGGAGGAAACUUGGCACCAGAACGUCUGGAGAAGUCUGGAGAUCAUAUGACAUCACAUUGCCUCCACCUCCCUCCCUGAUAGAAGAGAGAAAGAAGAAGAAGAUUCUAGAAGUCACCAGAGAGAUCACUGAGCUGCUGACAGGAGAGGUUCCUAUAAGGUGUCAGGGUGUCACUGUCUAUUUCUCCAUGGAGGAGUGGGAGUAUUUAGAAGGACACAAGGAUCUCUACAAGGACGUCAUGAUGGACAAUCAGCCGCCCCUCACAUCACCGGAUGGAUCCAGUCAUGGGAACCCACCAGAGAGAUGUCCCCGUCCUCUGUAUUCCCGGGAUUCCACACAGGAAGGUCACACCAUGCCUCACCAUCAUCAGAAUGGAAACCUGAGAGAUCCUAAAGUUGAGGUUAAAGAAGAGAUAAAAGAGGAAGGAGGAUGAGGAUGGGGGGAUGGAGGAGUCAGAGAUUGCAGAAGAACACAAAGAUCUGUACCAGGACACCAUGGUGGAGUCAUCCAGCUACAGGAACCCACCAGAGAGAUGUCCCCGUUCUCUGUAUUCCCGGGAUUCCACACAGGAAGGUCACACCAUCCCUCACCAUCAUCAGAGUGGAAUCCUCGGGGAUGAUAAUAUUGAUGUUAAAGAAGAGUAUAAAGAGGAGGAUGAGGAGUAUGGAGUGAUGGAGGAGUUUUCAGAAGGACACAAGGAUAUGAUGGAGCCACCUAAUACCAGGAACCCACCAGAGAGAUGUCCCCGUCCUCUGUAUUCCCGGGAUUCCACACAGGAAGGUCACACCAUCCCUCACUAUUACAAGGGUGAAGAUCUGAUAGAUAUAAAAGUUGAGGUGAAAUCAGAAGAAGAAGAGGCGUAUGUGAGGGAUGAUCAGCAGUCUAUGGAGGAGGAUGGAAUAACGGGGACAUUUAUAGAGGAGGACACUCCUACAGAGAUCAGCACAGGUGGGUCAUGAACACUAAAU